AUGUACCUAUUUAACAAAUAUUGUAUUGAAUAUGUUCAUUUGCAGAAAAGAGAUGCUAGUUAUGGUAUAGGUACCGGGCUCAUACUUGCUGCAUUUAUAGUUGCAGCAUUAAUUGUAUUUGCCAGUGCCAAAAGGAAACAAAAUGCAAGGAACUUUGUUCAACAACAACAGCAACAACAAGAAGAAACCACAAUCUCACAAUCUCAUGGACAAACAAAUCAUUCAUCAGGAACUGAAGUUCGAUCCCCUCCAAUAGCUCAUCUAUCUAAUCGUGAUGAGAACCCUAACGAUUAUGUUCCUCCAUAUAGUGCUACACCAGAUGAGAAAAACGACCUCGGUUAUUAUGAUCAAGAAGGUAAGUUUCAUCCAAGUACAGGUAAUUCAAGAUUAGUUUCCCCUCCUCCAUUACUUUAUACCCGUUAA